AUGACACAUCAAGAAAAUGAUUAUGGUACCAUUUACAAGGUAGCUGGUCCUUUGGUUGUAGCAGAAAAUAUGAGUGGUACGAAAAUGUACGAAUUAGUUAGAGUGGGAUUUCAGAAGCUAGUUGGUGAAAUUAUUAGACUGGAAGGGGAUACAGCAUCUAUUCAAGUAUAUGAAGAUACAUUUGGUUUAACAGUAGGAGAUCCAGUAAUAAAAACAGGGAAACCGUUAUCAGUGGAAUUAGGUCCCGGUAUUUUAAAUAAUAUUUUUGAUGGUAUACAAAGGCCACUACAACAUAUUGCUAAUAUAACUGGUAAUAUGUUCAUUCCUAGGGGAAUAGAUGUAAAGUCAUUAGAUCAUGAUAAAGUUUGGGAAUUUAUUCCAAAUCCAAACUUGCGUGUAGGUGAUAUAAUUACGGGGGGUGAUGUAUUUGGUACAGUAUUUGAGAAUUCCUUAUUUAAAUCACACAAAAUAAUGUUACCUCCAAAUUCUCAAGGCCGUGUUAUAAGUUUGCCAAGUUCUGGUAAUUAUACAAUUGAUGAGGAGUUGAUUGAAGUAGAAUAUGAUGGGGUAAUAAAGAAAUAUCCAAUGUAUCAUACAUGGCCAGUUCGUGUACCAAGACCAUGUUUAGAGAAACUCCAAGGUUGUACACCACUAUUAACUGGCCAAAGAGUCUUGGAUUCACUUUUUCCUUCUGUUCAAGGAGGAACUUGUGCUAUUCCUGGUGCUUUUGGUUGUGGUAAGACUUGUAUUUCUCAAGCACUAAGUAAAUAUAGUAAUUCAGAUGUUAUAGUAUAUAUUGGAUGUGGUGAGAGAGGUAAUGAAAUGGCUGAAGUACUAACAGAAUUCCCAGAGUUAUACACAGUAGUAGAUGGGAAGAAAGAAUCAAUUAUGCAGAGAACUUGUUUGGUAGCAAAUACAUCUAACAUGCCUGUCGCAGCUAGAGAAGCUUCUAUUUAUACUGGUAUUACAUUAUCUGAGUAUUUCCGUGAUAUGGGCUUUAAUGUUGCAAUGAUGGCUGAUUCAACAUCACGUUGGGCUGAAGCAUUGCGUGAAAUAUCAGGUAGAUUAGCUGAAAUGCCUGCUGAUUCUGGAUAUCCAGCUUAUUUAGGAGCUAGAUUAGCUUCAUUUUAUGAGAGGUCUGGUAGAGUGAAAUGUUUAGGAUCUCCUGAUAGAGAGGGAACUGUAUCCAUUGUAGGAGCUGUUUCUCCUCCAGGUGGUGACUUUUCAGAUCCAGUUACAACUGCUACAAUGUCAAUUAUACAAGUAUUUUGGGGUUUAGAUAAGAAGUUGGCACAAAGAAAACACUUCCCAUCUGUAAAUUGGAGUACAUCUUUUAGUAAAUAUUCAAGGAUUUUAGAACCUUAUUUCGACUCUGUAGAUCCAGAUUUCAAUUCUUUGAGACAAAAGAUGGCUGAUAUUUUACAAAGAGAGAAUGAACUAGCUGAUAUUUUACAAUUAGUAGGUAAAGAUUCUUUAUCUGAAGAUCAAAAAGUAAUAUUGGAAGUAGCUCGUAUUAUAAGAGAAGAUUUCUUACAACAAAAUGCCUUUUCUGACUAUGACUUUACUUGUCCAUUACAGAAGACAUUAGGUAUGAUGAAGACUAUUGGAAAUCUAUAUGACUUGUCACUAAAGACUAUCAAAGAUACUCAACAACAACAACAAAAAAUUGGUUGGUCUACUAUCUAUAAUUCUAUGAGAGAUACUAUUAAUAAAGUUACAUCAAUGAAAUUCCUUGAUCCAAGACAAUCUGAUGAAGAAUUUAAGAAUUACUUUGCAAAACUCAAUGAGGAGCUUGCAAAUCAAUUCAGAAUUAUUAGCGAUAAAUAA